AUGGCUGCUAAGCUUGCUCAACUUCAAAUCAACGAAUCAGCACGUUGGACGGCAGAGAAAGAGGCUAGGUUAGCAGCAAGGGACGCGGAAAAGGCACGCGUUGGGGCUGAAAGGGCUGCUGAGAGAUUGCGCAAGGCAGAAGACCGGGCAGAAGAGAUAGAAAGGCUCAAGGGGGAGAAAGCCGCGGAUAAAUUGCGCAGGGACGAAGAAAAACAGGCAGAAAAAUCACGCGAGUUACAAGAACGGGCAUACAUCAAGGCAGCAAAAAAGGCUCGGGCGGAUGAAGACAAGGCAGCAAAAAAGGCUCGCGCAGACGAAGAAAAGAAAACAAAGGCACCAGUCAAGCAGAUUGAGGAAAGGCAGGCCGCGGGGGCACAUCUUGUCCAAACUGAAUCGGCUGUUCAUGCGCUUGAAAUUGCAGUUCAGAAAGAGUUAUCUCAGGCGCGGGUAGCACAAGAUCGAGCCCUUGUGCGCAAGAGAACGACCGAAGAGAAUAGGUUGGAUGACGAGGUAAAGGCGGCCGAUCGAGGAUUACGCCGAGCAGCUGCGGAGGCUUCCAGGGUGGCGACAGAGGCGAAGAAGCAUGCAGAAAAAGAAGCGCGUCGAGUGGACAUAGAGACCAAGAAAGUGGGCGCUCAAGCUAAACGAGUCCAACGGAAUCGACAACAUAUGGUCAAGGUGCUAUGUGACAGUCAGAUUCAAACGCCUUGUGAUGAGAUGCGCGCUCAACUUGCCAGGGGCGGCUAA